AGCGGUCGCCGUCGGUCACGAAUGACGCCUGCAGUCGCCGUCGCGAUCGCAGCGGCGCUCUUCAGCACAUGGGCCGCAGCCAAUGCCGCUCCGGUGCCGCCUGAAGCCGCCAGGCCAGAUUCUGACCCCAAUGGAUCUAGUGGAAAACUUGUAGUCCUUCUACCUGUCGACAUAGUCAGAACACAAUUAAGACUCCGACCUGAGGCAAAUGAUAACAAAAUGUUCUACAACUCUUUCGGUGACUUUAUCGAGAGUUCGUCCCUUUUCCCGAUCGAGAUUAACGUGCCAGACGUCAUCCGUUGGUUCUACGGCUUCAUGUCCAGCUGGUUCCCCAGCCUGGCCAACAGAUGGCAGCAAGAGUCAACGCCAAGGAUACGCCUGUAUCUGCUUGCUCCACCAGCAGCGGCUUCGGACCAAACCUAUCCGGAAAAGACGGCGACCACAAACAUUUACAAGAAACUGUUUAUUUCUCCACAAAAUAAAGUCGUCAUUCUAAAGUCGUCCAGUGAUGGAAGUGUGCAGCUGAUUCCAUUCACAAUCUAUCGCGAAGAGAUCGUUCAGAGAGUUGUCAUGUUAGCUGAAAUAGACAUGCGUUCAGGAUCUGAGAACAUACAGCCAUUGCUACCGUAAUUCGGUAAGGGCUUCCAUAAUGCUAUAUGAACUGUACUCAUUGCUUGUGGUAUCGUAAUCAUUGUAAAUUAGGUCUGCGUUUCAUAAACAGCAGUUAACCUAUCAGUUCACGUAUGUAAUAAGUGUCCAUUGUUCUCCGUAUUGUAAAUUUUUGCUGCCGAUCAUAACUUGUAUAAUCUCUCUCAUUUUCUUCGACUGCUUGCAAAGUUAAUUAAAACAAAUAAAAACCUGUAGAGAACUUGGUUCUCAUCAAAUAUAACCAUUGCUAUGUCUGAUAUGUAUCUGAUAUGGUAUAUAUUUUUUGUCGAAGAACAACUUAUGAAAAACAAACUGGUUGUAUAUAAUGUGCUGCCGUUGAAACGUCAACCGCAAGCAUAUUACAAGGAAAGGAAUAAUUAUCAAAGGAUCUAGCAUUGGCAUUAUUGUAGCAUCUGAAUGAUAUGUACGUAGCUGCAGUCGAAUUUAGUAACUGUAAUGUACUGUUUUUUCAUCGUAGCAGAAAUAUUCAUAUGCUCUGCACACAUAUAUAUAUAAAA